AUGCCCUCCAACGACGGUGUACUGGCUGCAGCCCGAGCUUUUCGAGUGCUCAUCAUCGGUGGCUCUUACGGGGGGCUCGCCGCCGCGUUAACCCUGGUCGAUCUGUCGCGGGGUCGUGUGCCUCGCUUCAGCUCGAACCCCGAUGCCAAGCCUCCCCCUUAUCGCGUUCCUAUACAGAUCACGGUUGCGGAUGAACGAGACGGUUACUACCAUCUUAUAGGAUCCCCCAAAGCUCUGGCUUGCGAAAAGUUCGCCUCGGAGUCAUGGACUAGGUUCCGAGAUAUUCCCGCUCUCAAAUCCCCAGACAUUACAUUUAUCCAGGGUAGCGUCAGUGGGGUCGACUGCGCAGCCAAGGUCGCCCGAAUUCUCGAAACUGAGACCCAAAAUACCAGGACUGAACCGUACGACUAUCUCGUAGUGGCAUCUGGGCUAAGACGAGUCUUUCCUGCCGUGCCUCAGUCCCUGCGGAGAGCCGAAUUCCUGGAAGAGGCCAAGCUGCAUGCAAACGACGUUCGAAACGCCCGGGGAGGAGUGGUUAUCAUCGGCGGCGGCGCGGUUGGUGUCGAGAUGGCGGCCGAGUUGAAGAUCCUCGUCCCACAGCAGCAGGUCACCCUGAUCCACUCUCGGAAACGGUUGCUUUCGUCAGAGCCAUUGCCCGAUGACUUUGCCGAGCGUGUGGACACGAUUCUGCGCGAGGUAGGUGUCGAGGUGAUCUUGGAACAGCGCGUUGUCGACACCACUGAGGUGGACGUUGACGGUGAGCGCCGCGCGUGGCUUCUGACUCUCAGCGAUGGUCAGAGGCUCACUACCGGACGCGUUCUCAGUGCCAUCUCAAGGCCCAUUCCCACAUCAAUGUAUCUGUCGCCCGAUGCCCUGACAAACGACGGUUACGUGAAGGUCCACUCAUCACUGCAAUUCUCAGGGGACGUCUCCAACCCAGAGCACCAUUUCGCCGUGGGGGAUCUCGCGGCGUGGAACGGCAUCAAGCGCUGUGGCAGUGCGAUGCACAUGGGCCACUACGCCGGCAACAAUAUCUACCAGCACAUACUCGCGGAACGCGGUGCUGGAAAGCCGAAUUUCAUGACCCUCAAUCCUUUCCCUAACGUGAUUGGACUGGCCCUUGGGCAUAAAGCCGUCAGCUGGACCCCGGACCAAGGCACCCGCCACGGCGAGGAUCUUCUGACCUCGCUGUUCGGGGAAGACAUGGGAAACACGAGUAUGUCUACCCUGCAAAAAGUCGGUACAUGA